AUGGUGGCUAAAUGGGCGGCCGUCUGGCCCCUCACUAUCUGCAUCAACAGCCUGUACGGAGCGGCUCUCCCCAGGGUCGCCACAAGUGGGGGCAAUUUGCUGGAGAUCGCCCUGUUUCGGUUCUUGGUCCAUCCGGUCGUCUGGGGCGGGGUGACCACAUACUACAGGCACAUCUCAAGAAGCACCGGCCCGACCCGGGACUUGUCCCACGCCGCCCUCCUCCUCUACCCGCACCUCCUGGACUCCCUCUACGGUUGGUUUCUCAUCUUCCAGCUGGGCGACGCCCUGGGGUCGGCGCACGGCCUGGUAGUCCUUGUGGCCGCCUCGCGGCUCCUUGCCGGCAUUAGCCAUCGAUGUCCGGACGACUGGCUGCUCAAGCUGGUGGCCUCCAGGAAGGUCGCGGAGGCCUUGCUGGCUAGGGAGGAGGAGACGCAGCUUUCACUUGCUGAUGCGCUGGCGUCGGCGUCGGCGGCCUACGUCGGCAUCAUCGUGGCAGCUUCCAUUGGGACCUUCGCCAACGUACAGACCUCCCUCGGCCAGACACACACCUGGGUCACUGCCCUCAUAGCCCUGGCAGCCGCAGCCGCUGAGGCCGCGCUCAAGCUGUCCGCGGACGCCUGCAUCCACCGCAAGGGGCCAGGAGCCGCCUGGCGGGGCCACUGGGUGAAGCCGCUGUUCAAGUGCAUGAUGCCCGUUACCACUUUCGCGGUUGCGGACGUGACGCUGAGGCUGAUGGCGAGCUUCUGCGUGCGGUGGUCGGCGGACAGGGGAGCCACGGUGGCGCUGGAGCUGUGCCCGCUGCCGAGCCUGUUUUCUCAGUGA